AUGGCUUCCUCACUUCGUUCGCCUGCGGGCAAGACUCUCUCGAUUACACGGUCGAGCCUGGGAAAUGCCCGAUCCUACGCCCCUGGCGCGCCGCAAUGCCGGUCUUUUUCACAGGCGUCGCAACGAUGGGCUUUCAAGACGCAAAACUUCAGCCCGCGCUCUAUAUCCCAGCCCUCGAUGAAGGUCCGAUCAAAAGACCUUCUCGCAGGCCAGCUACCGAAUGAUAUUGGAUUGUUACCGGGAACCUUCGUCCGGCCGCUGUGGAGGGAUAUGCCUUCGGUUUUCGACAAGCCGCGGGAUCGGCUCCAAAUGGAGUGGACCUGGAUUAAGGCAUGGUUCCAGAACUUCAUGAGCUUGAUCAUCUAUACCAAGAAGGACAACAACUACCCCCUCCUCCUGACAGAGCGUCGAAAGAUCGCAACCUCCCUCUACAAAAACAUGUACACCACAUUCGCCAGCGGCGACAUCUCCAAGCUCAAGCAAAUAACCUGCGACGGCCUCGCCACAAAAUUAAUCUCCCAAAUUGAAGCCCGCCGCCCAACAGAAGUAGUAACCUGGAACCUAAUCAAAUGGCUCCGCCAACCCAGCACCUACUUCACAGGCGUGCGCGUCCUCUCGGACCGCGCCACCCAACUCCCUGAAGUCGCCAAGUCCGGCAUCCGCCAGAUCGUCCUGCGCGUCUCAUCCCGCCAAUCCAUGACAAAGGCCUCGAACUCAAAGGACGUCGCCGCCCAACCGGCAAAGCAGCAGGACGUUACCGAGUACGUCGUGAUCCAGCAGCUGAUCUGGAACGGCAAGGACGCUGGCUGGCGCGUUUGGGGUAAUACCAAGCCAACGACUAUGGAGCAGGUCUGGCACGACCCCUCCUUUGCGCCGGGCAUGACGGCGCUGGAGAGACUCGAUGCGAUGAAGGAUUUCAUGAAAUGA